GGAAAGCAUUGAGUUUGACUGUGGGGGAGCGUUCGGAGGGUCGGAGCUGUACAAACCUCCUCCCAAACUUUUCGUACCUACUUGGAAAGUCAUGACAAGCCGUAGUGUGUCUGGACGGAGAGAAGCCAGAAGGGCUGUGUGGAGCAGGAAGCACCGAACCAGCCUGGACUCCAGCUACAUGACGGCUGAGAGGUGUUUUUGUUGAAGCUGUGCGGUUGCUGAAAGGUCCCAGUACUGAAAAAUGACUCAGUCAGUGCAAGUUAACCCAAAGCUCCCUGCAGACCUGGGCUCUCCAUUCAUCUACUCCAGUCAGGAAGAGGCUGAGCAGCCUGCUUCCUACUCUGUCCAGACUCCAUAUGGUUUCCAGCUGGAUUUGGACUUCCUAAAAUACGUAGAAGAGAUAGAAAGUGGGCACAGUCUCCGCAGGGCACCUGUGAACUCCCGCCGCUCUAGCCGAGGGGUCAGACUUUCCCAGAGAAGUCCGAGUGUGGGAGGACGUGCCAGUGGCUGGACAUCCACAGAGUCUUUGGCUUCUCCAGCUAGCGAGGAUGGCAGAGUGCCUCCGCUGCCACCGCCUCGCAACCGCCUUGGCUCUGCACCCUGUGAAGGGCUGUCACUUUCCCCCAUGACCUUCCUCGCGGCCCCCCCUCUGUCUGCAGGAGCCAAAGUGCCGCCACCUCCUCCACAGCGCAACCCUAGAGUUGAGCGGACUCUUCUGGAAACCAGUCGGAGGCUGCAGCAAGAGCAAACCCACCACCACCAGAAUGGAGGGCGCUUUCAGCUUGCGGAUCCUCCCAAACCGCUCUCAUCUUCUGCAUCCACUCAGCCUCUGCACAGCAGCUGGACUAAACCCAGUCCUCAGACCUCUGGGCGCAGCACUCCAGCUGCUGGCACCACCGCCACCCCAAUUCCUCCCAGCCAGCUGCAGACCGUUAGAGAGCAGAUGGCCACCGCUCUGAAGCAGCUGAAGGACAUGGAAGAACGGGUCAAGGGUGUGCCUGCACUUGAGAAAGAAGUGGCGAAGCUUCGUGCAGAGAAAGACAUGCUGCUGGUAGCCCUGCAGGAAGCCCAGCAGAAGCAGCAGUCUGCAGAGUCCUCCACCCAAACCGCAGAGAGCUUUCAAACCCAAGCAGACCACAGCCAGACUCAACCAACCUCACCUGGUCACAAAGGCACUGGAAAAUGUAACGAGCUGAAAAGGCUGACAGAGAAGUUUGAGGGUAAGGAAGAGAAAGCCCAGGAGCUGUCAUCAAAAGGUUCAGUGAAAACACCAGCAAAGGCUUCAGUUGUUCAGAAGAAAUCAGUGGCCGUUGGGGACGACAGGCCUAUGGACUCUGUCGUAUUGUACUACAGCCAGGGUGUGAAAGAUGCCUCUGAGGGCACCAGGGUGAGUGUUUGUGAGAGAGGCUCAGGAACAGAAGCCCCUCUGGUUCAUGAGGAGGGUGUGCAGGCCCAGGUGGAGACAGAUGAUGCAGAAGUUUGGGUCAUGGAGUCCCUACUUGGUUUGAGCAGUGAGGCACAGCGGGAGAUAGACACUUUACAGGACACCAUUAAAUUCCAGCAGGAGUCCAUUGUGGCUCUAGAGGACAGUCUGAUUGUGGCCGACAAAGACCUGGAGGCCCUCAAGGCUCUGAUGGAGGCAAAGACCUGCAAAGUCAUGUUUGAUAAGGGCGUCCUCGCUAAACCGAGCACGGCGAAUGCUCAAGUAGAGACUCUGAGCUCAGCGCUGAAGCACGCGGCGGUUUCGUGUCGUCCCGAGAUGCGUGACGCGUGCGUGGGUGAAACCUCUGCAACAGGUCAGAUGGAACAGGGCGUCCAGACCGACCCGCCCGAAAAACCAGCAGAACCAGUGCCUGUUACUCUGGUCACCACCGGGUGUCAGUGGGAGGAAAGGAAUGAGGAGCAGAAAGUGACGGCGCCAAAGAAGAGACAGUUGACCAUCACUGAAUACAAGGUCUCCCCAGACGAAGAGCUGGUCAGUACGGCCACAAAAGAAGGAGAGCAAGGUGAAACUGCAGGUGACACCAAGACAGGUUUGCUGAAAUCAAUAAUGAAGAGGAAAGAUGCAAGUAACUCAGGGGUGAAUCGUUCCGCUGGCAAAAAGAGCCUGCAGUUCGUGGGCAUUCUAAAUGGAGGCUAUGAAUCUACAUCAAGUGAGGAAGAAGAGGAGGAGGAGGAGGAGGAAGAAGAAGGUGGGAGUUCCUCUGGAGAAAGUGGUGAUGGCGAGUGCUUGGACAGCACAGAGGAGGAUGAAGCAGCUCUGGAGGAAGAAACAUCUGAGGAGGAAAGAAACAUCAACUUGGACGAGAGUGACACAGACGAAGAGACGCUGAGAGCUGCAAAUUAUUCAUCUGAUGCUGUGAAAGAGAAGUUUGAGUUAAGCUCUAAGAUGCGUGAAGCCUGCCUCAUUCUGAAGAACCACCUCAACGAUGACAUCAAAACACUGAAGAGUAAGGAAGUGCUCUCCAGCAGCCACACUGUCCAGCUGGAGUGGUUUCGGAUCUCCAGUGCCAAAAUGGCUCAGCCUUGCCGCGUGUCUGACUACCUGAUGGCGUUCUCUGAGGUGUCGUCGCUUCUACUGGAGCACGUAGUCAACAUGACCGACGGCAACGGCAACACGGCGCUCCACUACAGCGUCUCCCACUCCAACUUCGGCGUCGUCGGGCUCCUGCUGGACACGGGCAUGUGUUCUGUUGACAAGCAGAACAAGGCAGGCUACACUGCCAUCAUGCUGGCUGCUCUGUCCACUGUGAAGGAGGAGGAGGACAUGGCCGUGGUCAGGAAGCUCUUUAGUCACGGUAAUGUCAACGCCAAGGCCAGUCAGGCAGGUCAGACAGCGCUGAUGCUAGCCGUUAGCCACGGUCGCCUGGAGAUGGUGCGGGCGCUGCUCGAGUGUGGCGCUGACGUCAACGUGCAAGACGACGAGGGAUCCACCGCUCUGAUGUGUGCCAGCGAACACGGCCGAGCCGAGAUCGUCAAGCUGCUCCUGGAACAGCCCGGCUGUGACAUAUCUGUCGUGGACAAUGAUGGAAGCAAUGCUCUGUCAAUUGCACUGGAAGCAUCUCACAAUGACACAGCUGUGCUGCUCUACGCCCAUAUGAACUAUGCCAAAACUCAGACUGUUGUGGGAAGUCCAAAGGCCCAGCAGCGGAGUCCCACCAGCCCCCACAAGCCCUGGCUAGCAGACUGACGCAGUCGUACCAGGUCACUAGAGCAAACAGAGCGGGAACCAUAACUGGAUGUGUGCAGUAAAAGCUCCACUGGAACCCACUUAAAUAUAUGUAUUUAUAUAUUGUCUUAUGUUCUGCAUUUAUAAGUACUGUCAAUAAAAGAACAUUAUUUUGUAAAGUGAAA